AUAUGACGGUGAAAACCUCAUUUUCAAAUUUCAAAUCGCCCCUUCUCUCUCCCAUAAUCUCACCUUCCUUUCUUCCUCUCUCUCUCUACAAAUUCCUAGAGAGAGAAACAAUCAUCAACAACAACAUUUCCAGAUCUCUAUGGCGAACAACGACCAAAAUCAAAAGCCUCUGAUCUACUCUUUCGUUUCUAGAGGAACAGUUAUCCUCGCUGAAUUCACUGAAUUCAGUGGUAACUUCAACUCCAUCGCUUUUCAAUGUCUUCAGAAACUUCCUUCUACUAACAACAAGUUCACAUAUGAAUGUGAUGAUCACACUUUCAACUAUCUUAUUGAUAAUGGUUACACAUACUGCGUUGUUGCACAUGAAUCAACUGGAAGACAGGUUCCCAUGGCCUUUCUAGAGCGUGUCAAGGAAGAUUUUGUAUCAAAAUAUGGUGGUGAAAAGGCUUCUACAGCUCCUCCUAACAGUCUUAACAAGGAAUUCGGGCCAAAAUUGAAGGAACAUAUGCAAUACGUUGUUGAUCAUCCUGAUGAGAUUAACAAGCUUGCAAAGGUGAAAGCUCAGGUUUCUGAAGUUAAAGGUGUGAUGAUGGAGAAUAUUGAAAAGGUUCUAGACAGAGGAGAAAAGAUAGAGGUUCUGGUGGACAAGACCGAUAACCUUCAUCACCAGGCACAAGAUUUCAGGAGUUCUGGAACAUCAAUCCGUCGAAAAAUGUGGCUGCAAAACAUGAAGGUAAAGCUGAUUGUAUUGGGAAUUUUGGUAGCACUGAUCCUCAUAAUAGUCCUUUCUGUGACUCGGCGGGGAUAAUAAGCACCAUUCUCUGUGGCCUUUAUUGUUAUUCUGACGUUGUGAUAAUCCGAGGUAAUAUGUCAAAAUGUAUGGCAUGUGUUUGUAUGUAAUAUAGAUUACAAAUUCCGUUAAGUUAUCACUUUGUUCUGCUUUAGAACAUAGCUUUUGAAUAUAAAUUGGUUUGCUUGUUUGAA